AGACGCUUCCGCCACCGCGGCGGGACAGUCGCGAUGUCAGCCAAUCUUAGCCCAGAAAUGGCCGUCUCGAGGGCGGUCCUCGAGGCGCUGAGAUUGUGAGUGUCUGUUGAGCGGCUGGUGGGAGUCGUGCUACCUUGAGUAGGGGUUAAAGUCGUUCUUGAGAGGAACGUCUGUGUCCGGAGAGAAAAUGAGUUUAGCUCUGAGAAGUGAACUUGUAGACAAAACAAAGAGGAAAAAAAGAAGAGAACUCUCUGAAGAACAGAAACAAGAAAUUAAAGAUGCUUUUGAACUAUUUGACACGGACAAAGAUGAAGCAAUAGAUUAUCAUGAAUUAAAGGUGGCAAUGAGAGCCUUGGGGUUUGAUGUAAAAAAAGCUGAUGUACUGAAGAUUCUUAAAGAUUAUGACAGAGAAGCCACAGGGAAAAUCACCUUUGAAGAUUUUAAUGAAGUUGUGACAGACUGGAUAUUGGAAAGAGAUCCACAUGAAGAAAUAUUGAAGGCAUUUAAACUAUUUGAUGAUGAUGAUUCAGGUAAAAUAAGCUUGAGGAAUUUGCGACGUGUUGCCAGAGAAUUGGGUGAAAACAUGAGUGAUGAAGAACUUCGGGCUAUGAUAGAAGAAUUUGAUAAAGAUGGUGAUGGAGAAAGUAAUUUUCAACAUUGUCUGAAUCUCAGUUUUCCCAUUUGUAGACAUGAGAAUGGUAAUACCUUAUAGCAUUGUUGUGAAUAUUAAAUGAAGAUAGUUGAUGGUGCCUAGCAUUAAGUGUAAGCUUGUUUUCCUUUCUUUUUUGUCUUUACUAAUCUUUGUUCCCUUGCAUUUUCUUGAACAUAAUGAGUGCUCUUAUAUUUGUUGACUUAAAGCCCUGAGCUGGAGUGUGUGUUACAGUAGAUACAUGUUGAUAUAGCAUCCACUGUAUAUACAUUCAUAAAUACAUACAUAUAUAUUACCUUGGUAAUACUGGCAUGCUUUAAUAAGGAGGUGAGACAGUAGCAACUAGCUAUCAGUUCAGGUUUAUAGAUUGUUUUUUAAAUGUAUACAUUAUUGUACUUUCUCAUAUUUAUGUGAAAAUUAAGUAUUAUAAAACUUUUCUAUUUUUAAAUAAUAGAUUUUUUUAAGGAUAUUGAUAUAGUUACUUAUAUUUUGAAGCAAAGAUGAUUAAAACUCGAGGAAAUUUAGAUGAUUUCUUAAGCUGUCACUCUAAUAUUUGGACUUCAAAUUUACUCCCUAAAUUAACUUUAAAGGAACUCUGUUCUGUAAAGGUACUAUCUUCAGUGACAUAGAGAUUCUUGGUAUGUCUGUUUCAUAAAUCUUUAACAAUGUGUCAAAAGGUCAGUUAUAAUUUUCUUUCUUACUGGACUAGGCCCAUGCAAUCAGAUUUCAGUUAUUAGCUGCAUUUGACAUUAGGAGAAAAUAUCAAUUAGGAAGCUGCCUCUUAAAUUGAAACUUGAUGUGAAACUUUGCUUUAGAAAAUGUGUCCAUUUCUUCAUCCCUUGUUAUAUUGCUCUGGCUGCUGCUUUUGAAUCUCCCAGUUCACAUUUAUACUUCCUUGCUUGAAGACUUAUUUUAGUGCAUCCUGAAAACAUUUCUUCAGUCCUCUCUGCUUGUUUUACUCCACUUUGUCACUAUACAUGUGUUGCUUGGAUAUCCUACUGUCAUUUAUUCAAAUGACUUAACAGGCAAAUAAUGUUUUUUCCAAGUAUUUAAUUACAAAUAAAAUAUAGCUGAUGCAUAGUCUUUUAUUAAGAUUUGUCUUGUUUCUGGAGGAGAAUGUGGUCUUAUCAUAUUAAAAUAGUCUAAUCCAGUAGUUUCCAAUGUGGGAUGUGGGUGUGGGUCUCAAUGGGUUGGGGGGUCUUCCUAGGUAUUGUAUGGGUCUGGGAAUUCAUAUAUACAUCAUUGUCUGUAGAUCAUAUGAAUAAUUGUAUUGCAUGUGCAUGUGUAUAAUGCUAUUUUUCAUUUAUAUACUAUUGCAGAAUACUAUUUGUAAAUACUAUUGCAGAAUUCAUAGUAGCUAUUUGACAUUUUUCAAGCAACACAUACUUAGUAUACAGGUUGUAAAAGUUGGUUUCCAGUUGUUUGUAAGAAAAAUAUACAACAAUUAAUAAAUAAUAAUACAAGAAUAAACUCUAGCCCUAGCUGGUUUGACUCAGUGGAUAGAGCGUCAGCCUGCGGA